AUCAGCUGUUUUGGCCCCCAGUGCAGUCUGUCGCAAGUGUAGACGUCAUUUUCGUUUCAGGAAUACAUCACGGUUUUAGUAGUAGCACUAUGCAUGCACUAGCACUGUAGUGUGUGUCAACUGGACGGUUUGACGCUGCUUCGGAGACGAGAAAGUAGAAAGCAGAGCAUGGCGCCAUGAGCUGAGCGCUGAAACGUUUGUGAUCAAAGGCACCCAACGCCGCGGUUACAUCUGUUGCCAUGCAGCAGUCAGAGAGUGGCGGAGGGGCGGCGACUUCUGAGGUCCAGCUCAACGACCAACCCAGCGCGCUCAUCGCGUGUAAAGUGCCCGAAGAGGUUUUUAAUGAGCAGCAGCUAAAGGAGCAGUUUGAGGCUUUGUUCCGCGCAUUUGAUCCAGGCACAUCGUUCCAGUUCUUCAAAAGCUUCAGACGAGUUCGGAUCAACUUCACCGAUGCUUUAGCAGCAGCCGAGGCCCGAGUCAAACUCCAUAAGAGUGACUUCAAUGGAAAGGAGAUGCGUCUGUAUUUUGCUCAGUCGGUACAUAUUGGCAGUCCUCGCCUCGAGCCUCCUAAACCAGAGAAGCAGUUCCUCAUCUCCCCGCCGGCAUCGCCCCCUGUAGGCUGGGCGCAGUCGCAGGAUGCUAUGCCCGUCCUCAACUACGACCUGCUGUGUGCUGUGUCUAAACUAGGACCAGGUGAGCAGUACGAGAUCCACACUGGAACCACCAACACUCCCAGCGUCAUCGUGCACGUGUGUGAGGACGAAAGCUCUGAGGACGAGGAGGAAGCAGCAGAAAGCGGCAAACGCGCCCGACCCAAGAUCAUCCAGACCCGUCGCCCAGACUAUGUCCCGUCCGUUAACCAGUGAGCGGACAUUCUGGGCCGUUUCAUCUUUGCGACCAACGCUGGAAUAACUAGGAAACAUGCAGUCAUGCAGUUUGUCAUCCUUACCACCCGGGGCGGUGGUGAGCGUCAAAUUCUCUUCCUAGUUAGCGAGGGAGUCAACCAUCCUCAUAAUCUCGCGUUUCAUUUCUUAACAUCCAUCUCUGAUGGAGUCAGGGACUUGGGAGAGUUUCUCUCGUAUUAUGAAUGUCAUUAUUUGCUUGACGUCACAACUGUGUAUUUUAAUAAACCGAGAGAAAAGCGAAGGGAAAAUGCGAGACGGCAUCUGAUAUACAGGAAGAGUUUUUGUGUUGCACAAACAAACGUGUCUGAAGUGUGUAUCAUUCGGGGCCACUAACAUGUACUCGUCGUCAUUAUCAUGUAUCGUCUCUACGUUUAGUCAGUUAAGCACUCGUACAGUCUUUGAAAAGUCAUUAUUAUUGUUGCUGAAGUUCUUUGCGAGCUCCUCCAAGUAUUAUGCACUUUAAAAAUAGAGCCUUAUAAUGUGGUAAACUGACAACAACAUGAAGUACUUGUCUUUGUAUAUAGAGCGCAACUGUGACCGCCGACUUUUUUCCGCCUUGGUAACGCGAGUAUUUUUCCCCUUCAUUUUCUCCAUCAAUCACAAGCAAAAAGGUAUUUGAACAUUGGUAAAAAAUAAAGACACUUGUACUAAUCUGUGCACUUAAAUUCUGUUAUGAGGGAAUGAAUUAUUGUAAAUGUAUGGAAGGAAAAAAAUAUGAGCUAGGAGGAAAAAUUAUAUGUCGAUGCUUUUGUUCUGUCACAAAUUUUUUGCGUUCCCCCUGAGAAACUUUGGGUUCGCUCGCAAAUAACAAAAGUUUUCAAACGCAAAGUUUCUCAAGAGAACGCAAAACAUUUGUGAUCGAAUGCAAAAGCUUGAAAAAUAUUUUUUCCUCCAAUCUCAUAUUUUUUCCAUCAUGACGUUCCUUUAGGGGCUCUGUAUAAAUAUAUAAUUGCAUCAAAAUAAAUACAAAUAAAAAAAUAAUAAUGACUAUGAGUCAAUAUUAAUCAAAUAAAAUGUUUUAUUUGUACAUGCUGCCAAUGAUUUAUAGUCAUUAUUUUAUUUUACUUUAUUUAUACAUGAAGCCAAUUAUUUUAAGGGGUCAUGAAUUGAGAAAUCAACUUUUGAUCUUUUGAUAUAUAAGAGGUCAUCGUACUAUGAGAAUAUCCUAUAAGUUUUAGAACUGAAAACUUCCUUGUUAGUCCAAUAAAAGCUUUUAUUGACACCAGACCCAGCGAACGACUCAUCCUGUCAUAGAUAGGUGAAACCCCGCCUCCUUAGAAGAAAUCAACGCCUACUUCAUCAUUGCAGCGUUAGCCCCGCCCACUGGCGUGUUAGUGAGAUGAGGAGGAGAGAAGAGUGAUACAGGACUAAAAUAACAUUACCUUUCAAAUUAUCCUAAUGCUAGGAAUAUGGUUAUUUAUUUUCAACAAUGUGAAUGUCUCAGUUGAGCUUUAUUUAUUUGUAUUUGGUACAUUUCACUGUGGAUUCUUUGGUAAAUCAAUCGCAUUUCGGCGCAGGCUUUGCAAACAGAGUUUUACGAUAUGGACUCGACAGUAAUGCAACAACAUGUCAGUAACUGUGUUAAUUCUAAUGCCUGAUCUGAUAUUAAUGAUUCAUGUACAGUCAGAUGAUCUUUGUCUAUGCGUCAGUAAAUCAACUUCACGUUGUUUCUCUUAGUAGGAUGAAAAUAAUCUGUUAUUUAAACGUGAUUAAAUUAUAUAUAGAAAGCAAUCAAAGAACGCUCCCUUUACAAUCGCUGGAGCUGUCAAUCAAACAGCGCGAGUUUAUCAGUGACUGAGUUCUGGACUCGCGCCAAAACUCCCGUUUUAUUCAAUGAAUCUCUUAGUUGCAUCGCGUUUGCACUGUUAGUUAUGAUGAAAGCAUUCGUUAGUGUGCAGAAAUUGAGUUGCAAUGACGAGAUCACAGCAUUAAUGCGCUCAACAACAUGUCUGUGAUCGACUACAAUGUUCAUCACUGCAACCUUUCAUGCCACGAUCCAAAUAUAAUGCCAUAGAUCUAAACGUAAUGCUAUAAUCAACGCUUUUCACGAUUAGUUCACCUUAAGAGCUCUAAUAGUAAAAACGUGCUAAAAGUUUUCGAGAGAGUAAUAGUAAAGUAUUUCAAAUGAAAAGAUGUCAGCCAAUCACAGCAGUGGGCGUUUACACUGAAGUCUCACAGCAGACACUCCCCUUAAAACAAAGCAUUCAAAUCAGAGGGCUAAAAUCAGGGUAGGAAAAAUGCCUUUUAUUUCUAAAUUAUGACAAUAUUUGAUGUGAAAAUCAUACUAACAUUAUAAGUGCACCCCAGGAAACAUUAUAAAACAAUAAAACAACGCAGUUCAUGACUCCUUUAAAGUAAAAUAAAAUAUUGACUGUAAAAAUAAAGUGAAAUAAAAUUAAAUAUUGACUAUGAAUCAUUGGCUGCAUGUAUAAAUGAAAUGAAAUAAAAUAAAAUGUAUUUAUUAGAUGAUAAUUUACAUAAGUUGUUUUGAGUCUAGUAAGUCAUUCGCAGAGUGAGCGGAUGAUUUUAAAUGGUUUUGUUAUGACUCUGAUUGGUGAAUCUGUUCAGCUAGUGCAGAAUUCUUAAAUUGAAUUUUUAAAAUAAAAAAUAAAACCACUGACUUGCGGUUCUAAAAAAAUGUUUAUCAUAACAACAUUUAAAAAACCACUAUGGAGAAAAUGAAUGUGAUUUUACUGUUGCGCUCUUUGACCUGUCAAAUGAACCGCUCUGUUGUGCUCUACUGUCUUUGGAGAUAUUGUCCUCUUUUCCAUUACUGUAGGAGACGUUCUAAUGUCAUCCAGUGAUUUUAAGCAACUAUAACAUACUGUGUAUAUUUGAUGUGUUUGAAUGUAGCCAAUAUCUUUAAAAAAAAUAAAAUAAAAAAAAAAAGCUUCAGGAUUUCUAUCAACAACAACUAAAUCUUAUUCAUUAGGUAGCAAGAAUAUGGAGGGAGGAAAAGCAUUUACCUUUAAUAAAACUAUCUUGACCAAAGAA